ACACCUUAUCCCAUAUAUAUAGAGGUGUACCUCCACCUCCACCUCCACCUCCACCUCCACCUCCACCACCCCACCACCUCCUCCUCCUCCUCCAGGACUAGUUCAUUACUAACUAACAUAUCCAUGGCUUCCACUUCUCCUUUGGCAGCCAUUCUUCUAGCUUUAAUCCCAUGCCUCCUCCUUAUCACUCCUCAGGCAGAAGCCCAAUCUGAUCCGGCAGCUGCACCCUCCGGCCCUGUCAAUCUCACAGCGGUCCUUGAGAAGGGUGGUCAGUACACCAUCUUUAUGCGUCUCCUCUCAACCACCCAAGUAGGAAGCCAGAUCGAAAGCCAGCUCAACAACUCCAAUCAAGGAAUGACAAUUUUCGCUCCAACCGACAAUGCCUUCAACAGUCUCAAGGCAGGUACACUCAAUAGCCUCUCACAACAAGAUCAAGAUGAGCUUGUAUUGUACCAUGUGUUGCCUCAGUACUAUAGCUUGGCAAAUCUUGAAACUGUGAGCAAUCCAGUGAGAACUCAAGCAGGUAGCCAAAAUGGAGUUGAUGGACUCAAUUUCACUAGUUCUGGGAACAACCAAUUGAAUGUCUCAUCUGGGGUAGUAAAUACGCCAGUCAACAAUGUUCUUAGAAUGCAAUUCCCAUUGGCUGUCUAUGAGGUGGAUAAGGUGAUGUUACCUAAUUCUUUGUUUGGUGUUAAGGCACCUGCGGCAGCUCCAAAGCCAGCCAUAGCCACUAACACAUCAACUCCGGCGGUGGCAACUGGUGGAGAGCCAGAUGCAGCUCCGGCGAAAACCAACAGCAAUUCUGGCUCCAACGGCAGGAAUGUGGGGAUGGGCUUGGUGGCUGGGAUUGGAUUGAUUUGCAUGGGGGUUCUACUACAGUGAUGACAGGGAGAGAUGCCCCAUGCUCAUGCUUGGCGACUGAUAGCUGCUUGUGAAUAACUUGUGCUUGUCUCCAUUGUUCUGUUUUUUUGGUUUUGUUUUUAUUUUCCCUUUAAUUGAUAUCUUGAUUGAUUGUUGUUUGUCAAUUGUAAUUGAUAUGAAUUGCAUUGUGAAGCUUGCCUACCA